UUUUAUUUUGAGGUUAUGCAUUCCUAUCUAAGGUUGGUCAUUAGUUUGUGUCGUAAAUAAAUGGAUAUAAUAACAAACAAUCGGUGUUGCAAUUGAAUUGUAUUUGUCUUAAACGCUCCAGAUAAGUUUAUUGAGCAAGCAUAAUAAAUGUAGGGUAUUUGUAAGAUAAUUGAUGGACAGCUGUGAGUGUCAUCGUUGGACAAUCUGAAGAUCUGAAGUAACCUGUAAACUGUGGGUCUUCAACUAAAAUGGCGUCAAAUAUCACCAAAGUUGAUAACACGCUUUAGAUAACAGCGGGACGACUCGCUGUAUAAUGAUUGUUCGCGACCAAACGCGCACGUUUUGGCGAAAAAACGAGACUUCGUGGUGCGUUUUAGGGUCGACACGAUAAACUGACUAUAUCACUACCGAACUAUAACGAAAAAACGAAGGCGCACGAUUGACUCGAGGGAUUGACUCGCUAUUUGGAAGACGGACGUUUAGUAAUCGAACAUAGUACGCUCGGAAUCCCAAUGGCCCAAAUCAUGAACCAGAAGAGAGGCCGUGGUACGGCCGCUGUUGGGGAAACCUCCAGCACAGGCUCCCAGAGUGGAUCAUCCAGCCAAUUAUCCAGACUGCCUACACCAGGAACACUUACUGAUGAACUUGCUGCAUUAUUUGAGUGUCCUGUUUGUUUUGAGAUUGUAUUACCUCCUAUCAUGCAGUGUCAGGUUGGGCACCUGGUCUGCUCUAGCUGUAGACCAAAAUUAUCUUGCUGUCCAACAUGUCGUGGAACAUUAGGUGAUAUCCGAAACUUGGCAAUGGAAAAGGUGGCAAACAACUUAAUGUUUCCUUGUAAACACAAACAAACUGGUUGCCGGAUGUCACUAGGUUUAAAUGAAAAAGCUGAACAUGAAGAAGUAUGCGAAUUUAGACCUUACAGUUGCCCUUGUCCGGGUGCAUCCUGUUCUUGGCAGGGUCAACUGGAGAAGGUGAUGGUUCAUCUGCAGCACGCGCACCAAAAUAUUACUACCCUUAAUGGAGAGGACAUCGUCUUUUUAGCCACGGAAAUUAAUUUACCCGGAGCCGUUGACUGGGUGAUGAUGCAAAGUUGUUUUGGACAUCAUUUCAUGCUCAUUUUGGAAAAACAGGAAAAAUGCGACGGGCACACACAAUUUUUUGCGAUCGUUCAACUUAUUGGUUCACGUAAACAAGCCGAACAUUUUGCUUAUAGAUUGGAAUUGAAUGGUAAUAGACGCAGAUUGACAUGGGAAGCGAUGCCUCGAUCGAGUCACGAAGGUGUUGCGUCGGCAAUAAUGGGAUCAGAUUGUUUGGUAUUUGAUACGUCGAUCGCCCAACUAUUUGCUGAUAACGGAAAUCUCGGUAUAAACGUUACCAUAUCUGUAGUGUGCUAAGAAAAGACGUUCGAUUCUAAUUAUUAAUUCUUUUUUAAGCCCGUUCGAUCGCGUUGGUUCCAUCGUAUUUUUCAUUAAUUUUAUUAAUUUCAUGUUUAAAAAGUCGUAUAUAUGUAAUGUGGUCCUGUAAUUUUGCGUUUGAUUGUGUUAUGAGCUUCGAAGUCCGCUGGUUUCGGUGAUUCGUUUCCUGAUGCGCAAUUUUUUCGGCGAAACAAUGAUUAAAUAGCUCACAAGACUCUCAAUGAGUGUUGUUUCGAGCAAAAAUUGCGUUUCCUAUAAAUUAAUUAAUGGGGAGAUGAAAAACAACCAUCGAGCGAGUACAGUUUUAUGUAAUUCAACCUUAACAAUGUGAAAAUGGUUUUAAAAUUAUUAAUUAUUGAUUUUUCACGUUUCCGUUUGAAACGAUCUGUUCCGUCUGUUGCGGUCACGUCAAAGUGGUGGUAUUAUACGAAAAACCUUAUAAGGUAGCAGUAUUAAAAUGAAAGCGGCGAUGUGAUAGAUUUUUAUUUUCACACGUGACCACCGAAAUAAGCCGCUGUAUAAUAGCAUCACAUUAUGCAUGUAGUUUGCACAUAUAAUAUUAAUUAACCGAGGGAACGUUCUACAGGCUGAGCGCUGUACCAUGCAGGGAUUAAUCGACAAAUAUCUUCGUUUUUUUUUUAAUAACCGUAACCCUAUGGGCGACGCAUCCUCAUUGACACGUACGUCAGCGAAGGACUUUUUGUUGUAUGUGAUAAAUAGCAACUAGUAUUUUUAAGUUUAAGUUUUUAAGAGUGGUAUCAUUGUUCAGUAAAAUAUAUCUACUUAUCAGUAAUGUAAAUACAAUCUAGAUUUGAGCCUACUUAAUAAAUUUUAUCUUUUA